AUGUCGCAAGUUGAAGUAGCUAAGAAAUUAGCAGCAUAUAGGGCUGUUGAUGAAAAUUUACCCCCUCAUGCUAAAGUUAUUGGUAUAGGAUCAGGCUCUACAGUGAUUUAUGCAGCAGAGAGAAUAGGGCAAUUACCAAACAAAAAUGAGUUUGUGUGUAUAUCUACUGGAUUUCAAUCGAAGCAGUUGAUUGUUGAUAACGGGCUACGUUUGGGACAAAUUGAACAAUAUCCCGAGAUAGACAUUGCAUUUGAUGGGGCUGACGAAGUUGAUCCUAAUUUGAAUUUGAUCAAAGGUGGAGGUGCUUGCUUAUUUCAGGAGAAGUUAGUUGCUUCUGCGGCGAAGAAAUUGGUUAUUGUUGCUGAUUUUCGGAAACAGCUGAAACAUCUUGGUGAGCAUUGGCGCCAAGGUGUACCUAUUGAAGUUGUACCAAUUGCGUUUUCCAAAGUGACUAGAGAGUUAACUAAAUUAGGAGCCAAAAAAGUUGAUCUUAGACAAGGUGGCAAGGCCAAAGCAGGUCCAGUUAUUACAGAUAAUUAUAACUUCAUAUUGGAUGUUGAUUUUGGUAUAAUUGAGGAUCCGCAAAGUUUGCAUUUGAAAUUGAAACAAUUGGUUGGUGUUGUUGACACUGGAUUAUUUACAGGAAUUGCGCAAAAAGUAUACUUUGGAGAAGAAAAUGGAGAAGUUACUGUCUGGGGAUAA